AUGCCAAUGGAAACUCAUCAACAAAUUGAUAGUAAUAUCAGUUUGAUUGAAGAUUCCACAAUGGAGCUGCUAGAUAAUUUGUUCCCAGCCAUUAGAAGAAAUUUUGAAGGUGGAGUCGGUCCAUCUGAUCAGCCUGCUCAGGAAGAAGAUUUUGUUGAUGAUCAGGAAGAAGAUUUUGUUGAUGAUCAGCCUGCUCAGGAAGAAGAUUAUGUUGAUGAUCAGCCUGCUCAGGAAGAUUCUGCUAAUAAUUCUGAGGAAAAAAGAGCGUUUGAUGAGUUGCUUUCAGAUGCCAAUGAAGAGCUUUAUGAAGGAUCAGCAUUCUCGAAGCUUUCUUUUAUGCUUAAGCUAUAUCACAUCAAGGUUAUCUCUAGAGUUAGUGAUAAAGGGAUGUCCAUGAUUAUUGAUCUUCUUAAAGAAGCAUUCAAACAUGCAAAGCUGCCAGAUUCGUUCUACGAUUUGAAGAAAACAAUCAGUAAGCUCGGGUUGGAUUAUGAAUCAAUACAUGCUUGUCCAAACGACUGCAUGUUGUAUUGGGGAGAAGAUACUGAUCACGAUGUCUGCAAAAUCUGUGAAACGUCAAGAUGGAAAACCAAAAAUGGAGAAAGUGAGGAGGGUUCAAGAAAGAAAAGAAGGCAAGCUGCAAAGAUUCUACGGUACUUUCCACUGAAGCCACGUCUAAAGAGGUUAUUCAUGUCAUCAAAAACUGCAUCAAAACCUAGAAAUGUUCGACUUGGUUUAGCCACUGAUGGUUUCAACCCCUACGGUUCUAUGAGCACAAAGUAUAGUAUAUGGCCAGUUCUCUUAUUUCCAUACAAUCUCCCUCCUUGGAUGGCAAUGAAGCAGUCUUCAAUGAUUUUGUCGAUGAUCAUUCCAGGAAAACAAAUGCCUGGAAAUGAUAUUGAUAUCUACUUGCAACCUUUGAUAAAAGAACUCAAGGAAUUGUGGUCUGAUGGUGUUCAAACUUUUGAUGCUUCAGAAAACAAAACGUUUUCCAUGCGUGCAGCUUUGAUGUGGACUAUAAGUGACUUUCCAGGGUUUGGAAAUCUCUCUGGCUGGAAUACAUAUACAGGUCUUGCUUGUCCAUCGUGUAACUAUGAUGCUACUGAGCUACGUCUACAACAUGGUAAAAAGAAUUGCUUCAUGGGUCACAGACGGUUUCUUGGGUCUGAUCACAAGUUUCGAUAUGAUAAGCAGCAUUUUGAUGGUAGUGAAGAGCUUAGAAACCCUCCAAUUACACCAUCGGGCUCAACAAUCUUGCAGCAAGUAGAAAGUGUUGAUGUUAUUUUCGGGAAACCAACAGAGAUUAGCAAAAGGAAACGAGAUCGUGCUGAAAGUAUGAGAGAAGGAAGCAGCAGACAACAAUGGAGAAAGAAGAGUAUCUUUUUUGAAUUACCGUAUUGGGAACAUUCAUUGCUAAGACAUAACUUAGAUGUUAUGCACAUAGAGAAAAAUGUCUUCGACAAUGUGGUUUUGACAUUAUUAGAUGAUAAACAAAAAUCCAAGGACAAUCUUAAGACAAGGAAAGAUCUACGGGAGUUAGGUAUUCGUUCUGAAUUAUGGCCAGACAACAAUGGGAAGUAUCCUCCAGCAUCAUUCAAGCUAACCAAUAGUGAGAAAGAUACCUUUCUCAGUAUCUUAAAGAGUGCAAGACUCCCAGAUGGAUACUCUUCAAAUUUCUCAAGAUGUAUUGAUCAGAAGCAACGUAAAGUUCAUGGUUUUAAAAGCCAUGACUGUCACAUUAUUAUGGGUCAUUUGUUACCAAUUGCUAUACGUAGCAUAUCUUCAACACAUGUGACUUCUGUUAUAACAGAAUUGUGUCAUUUCUUUCGUGAUAUCUGCUCAAAGGCGAUCAGUAAUAGUGAGUUAGUGAAGCUGCAAAAGCAAAUUGUCCUUACCUUAUGCCACUUAGAGAUGUUAUUUCCUCCUUCCUUCUUUACUGUGAUGAUGCAUUUGACUGUCCACUUGACUGAGGAAAUAAAACUUGGUGGCCCUAUCCAAUUUCGUUGGAUGUAUCCAAUUGAGAGGAAUUUCUCUCGUUUCAAAGCCUAUGUUAGAAACCGUGCUCAACCAGAAGGAUCUAUAUGUGAGCAAUACUUGGCAGAUGAAUGCCUCACUUUUUGUUCUAUGUAUCUUGAUGGGAUAGAGACGAGAUUCAACCGCACACGAAGAGUAAAUGACAUUCCAAUGUCCACUCAUACUCUUGGAUCAGACUCGGCUAUUCCUGUUUUCUUUCCAUCACUAGGGAGGUCUAUUGGCGCAAGUCAAUAUGCAACUCUAAGUCCAAUAGAGAGACAACAAGCGCAUCGCUAUAUCUUGAUUUGUUGUCCAUUUCUUGAUAGAUUACGAGAAAAGUAUAAAGAAGAGCUGAGAAGAGUAAACACUCGUGGUAGGAAACGACGUUAUACUAUAGACAUUGAUCGAGCAGUUCAUCUUCACUUUGAUAGAUGGCUUAGACAUAAAGUAGAGAAGAAUGAGAUUGAUGACAUUAAUGAUGAUAUUAGAAUUAUUGCUAAGGGUCCUUCUGAUAGAGUUUUGAAGUUCUCAUCAUAUAACGUCAAUGGUUAUAGAUACAGAACAUUAGAUCGAGAUGGUGAUUUGAAAACACAGAACUGUGGGGUCUAUACAUCGGCUGAGACUGUGAGCUAUUCAUCUUCUCGUGAUCAUAAUCCAAGGGCGGGUAAUGUUCCUUACUACGAUACUCGAGAUAGUCGUGGAUACAAGAGAGACGGUUUUGGUCAUAAUAUGGUGAAUUUCUCUCGUAUAAUUCAUAGCGGUCAAGGUGAGGAAGAUGAACCAUUUGUAUUGGCUUCCCAAGCAAAGAUGGUGUACUAUAUCGAAGACCCGAGUGAACUUGGUUGGAAUAUAGCUGUUCAUAUCCAACCUAAGGACUUGUAUGAUAUGGGUUUAUCUGAUAUAUCAGAUGAUCUAUUUGAAGAUAUUGACAUAAGUGAUUCAUGUGCCAAUGAGGAAUUGCUCAUCUCGGAUGAUAUACAGAAUGUUCAACUAGUUAGAGAUGUUUUAGAUGAUGAUGAUGACAUGGAUGAAUUUCAUGAGACACAUUAUGGAGAAGGGAGUGAAUCAUAUUUUCAGCAUGAUGAGCAUCUUGAAAAUACCAAUUUUUCUCAGUUUAUGCAUACACAAGGACGUGAGAGAGGAAAAUGGGUGGUUAACGUAAUAGAUUCAGAAAGAAAUGUAACCGAGGAACGACUUAAUGCCCAAGAUAUAUGGGGAAUGGAGAAUCGUAAAGUCAUUCUUGAGUUUGGGCCAUAUGAUCAACCUGAAGGAGGAAGUGGAGGUCUAUUUGGUACGUUUCUAGGACAGCUGAGUAAUGACUUGAAUAAGUUUCCGAUAACUUAUGAAGACUGGAGGAAAGUACAGUCAUGGAGAAAGGAUGAUGUAUGGGAUUACAUUCAGACUAAGUUUGAUUUUGAUGCCUCAAUCAAUCGAAAGAAGUUUAUCAUGAAAAGUCUAAGUCAAAAAUGCAAAGGCCUAAAAACACGUUUAUGGCGUUCUUGUCGUCGCAAUACCCCUGAGGAAUCUAUGGAAGCUAGACCAGAUUUUAUUCCAAAAGAGCAGUGGCAAGACUUUGUGCAUAUGCAAUUCACUGAAAGAGCUAAGAAACUAAGAGACCGAAAUAUAAACAAUCGGAGCUAUUACAAGAUACCUCACACUUUAGGGAAGAAGAGCAUUUGUCGAAAAUCUAAAGAAAUUGAAAAACUUGCUCAUACAAGGACUCUAAAUACAGGAAUCGAUGAAUUCUCUCAAGUUUUUGGAGCUGAACGUCCUGGAAGUGUUCGUUGCGUUGGUCUUGGUCCUACUCCUUCCACCUUUUUCAAGAAUCGGCCUACAACAACAGCAGAGAAAACAGAAGUUGCUUGCUUGAGGAACAAAGUCAAUUAUCUUGAAGAGGAACUGGAAAAGUUGCGUGAUGUGGUUAACAUGAUGAAAAGCAGAAGUUGA